ACUCGCAAAAGGUCUAGCCCUUUCAAGCGUGAUCUCUCCAAGUCAAUGACCUCGGAGAGUCAGGCAAAAUAGGCGAUGUCUCCCAGCUCCUGCUAUCAUCACCCGAAGAUUUAUCUAGGGCAUGCAAGCUUGCACCCAGAGAUAUGGAGACCAUCAUCGAGCUUGUCUGCAAAGCCCAUCGGCAUACUCUAUCCACGUUGCAAGACCUUUCUCUAGGCGAAUGCGAAACCUUUACAACUGGUGAUAUGGAGCUGGACAAGCUGCUUGGCGGGGGAGUACGCACUGGAAUGAUGUGGGAGAUAGUUGGAGAGAGCGCCGCGGGAAAAGGGUGGCUUGGCGGGCUCUACAUGCUACUUGCCGAUAGCUUCAAAACUUGCGACCUCUCGCAUGCAACAAAUUCUCGAAAACCAUCCUCUCCUGGCUUCAUCCUCUUGUAGUCUGUCCUCAGUCCACACGAUCCCUACCCCCACCCUUGAAAGACUCCUUUACGUGCUGGAGGAUAUCUUCCCCCAGUUUGCGGAACAAGGCCUCCACAGUGCAAGUCCAGUGAAGCUGCUGAUAAUUGAUGCGCUUGCCGAACUAUUCCACACCUCAAGUAAGACGAGCACAUGCACUCUUGUCGAACGUUCAAAAGGUAUCGCAGAGAUAGCACAUCGUCUCCAUGCUGCAGCGAACAAGUACAGCAUCGCAGUGGUAGUCCUGAACGAAGUUGUUGACGUCAUCGAAAGAGGGAUGUCGCAUGAGCCGGGGGAACUCAGUUACAGCGAACAGUCUCGCUGGUUUAGUAGAGCAGACACUCUGCCUGGCGAGAAUUUGAAGGAGGCCACCUUGGGGCUUACAUGGGCUAAUCAGAUCAAUGCACGUAUAUUUCUGACUCGGACUGGUCGACGCCGAUAUCUGGAAGGGCUCCCAGGUCAAACUUCUGGUGGCAUCAUGAAAUCCUCUACCACAGCUGAAGAUGAACCCACCCUCAUUCGCCGUUUAUCUGUCGUAUUUAGCUCUGUUUCCCUACAGGCAUCCUGCGAUUACCUGGUCACUAUUGCGGGUGUUUCCGUUGUCCCUGGUUCUUUCCAGGCUCUGAAGCCGCCUUUAAACGGCAUACCUUCCCCAAAGGCCUUGACAUCAGAGCAAACCACAUUGCGGGCCGACAUUGGUCCUCAUCUACCCCAGCAGCAGGAACUUGCUCCCUUAGAUGUAGGUUUAAUGACAGCCAACGAAGACAAUCUGGAGGCGUCAGCCGGGCAAGCCAAUGACUCUGAUGAGUGGGAUGAAUAUUUAGGAGAGUGGGAGUUUCAUGAUUUACCGCCAUCUUUGUACGAAGGUUCUUGA